AAUUCUCCUGUUUCGAGCCCUAACCUGAUUGACAAACAUCACCAACGCCCAUAAACUGGCAGUAGGAAAUGAAUCGCGUUGUGAGAGGAAUCGUCUUUCCACCCCGCUGAGAAGAGCCACUCCGUCUAGUCCGCUGUAGCGUCAGUUGAAACGCAGCCUCGCCUGUCCAGCUCUGCUCUUCUUCUGUACCAGCGCUUCCCCUCUAUUGUAUAACUCUUGUCUCGCUCGUUCGGGAUUUAGGACUCAUCUCUUCUUCCCUUUCCGCCUUUCGGUCUCCCUUAUCACCCUAACACGUUGAUUUUUGUGCACCAGUCUAUCUCCUCUUUAUCAACCACAAAAUGGCAACAAAAAUCGACAAAGAGGCUUGCAGGGAAGCAUACAACCUGGUCAGAGACGAUAACACCGAAAUUAACUGGGCAGCGUUUAAAUACGAAGGUUCUACCAUUGUGCCAGCCGGACAUGGAACUGACUACGAAGAAUUCAAGGCUCUCUGUACAGAUGACGCGCGGGUGUUUGGCUUCGUGCGGAUCACGACGGGGGAUGCCAUGAGCAAGAGGGCCAAGUUCACGCUCAUCACCUGGAUCGGAGAGAACGUCAGCGGCCUGCAGCGCGCCAAGAUCAGCACAGACAAGACACUGGUCAAAGACGUGGUCCAGAACUUUGCCAAGGAGUUCAUGAUCAGCGAGCGCAAGGAGCUGGAGGAGGACUACAUACGCGACGAGCUCAAGAAGGCAGGCGGGGCCAACUAUGACGCACAGGCCGAGUAACCAAUCAAGCACAAGCAAGGGCAAAGGGGGCGGGGUUAUCUCAGCUGGACCAGAAGGACAGGGAAGACAUCAUCUCAAGCGAGCACACACACACACACACAAACGCACACACACACAAACGCACACACACACACACACAAACGCACACACACACACACACAUUAUGAUAGCUCAAACAUUGCAUUCUCUCAGUAUACAGUAUGCAUCUCUGCAGAAAGCACACACACAGACGCAACCAUACAGUAACGCACACACACUGUUACACACACACACACACACACUGUUACCUCCAUGCCUUCCCGCCCACACCUCUGCAGUGUCCGCGUGUGCCAGGUGGCUCUCUCUCCAGAGAGGUGGUGGUUGACUGCCUGCUGUAUCGUAUCGUGCUUCAUCUCAACUCCUGUCACUCAAGCCCAUUGCCGCCUCUGAUUGGCUUAGCCACGGCCCGCCCCUGUCCAUCACCACCCCUGAUUGGUUUGCGGCCCCCCUCCUCCGUUGAUCCCGGGAGUUCCUUUUUUUUUUGUAUCUCAACCCUAAUUGGACCGUUCUAAAGAGGGAAAAAAGCGAGCCUCCAAACCCCUGGCUGCUGAUUGGACCAGCACAUGCCAUCACUGUGGUCUUUAGUAGUAGGUAUUAGUAGACACAUAUGCAUCAUUUUGGGUUUUAUUUUUAUUUUUAUUUUUAUUUUUAUUUUUUCUGGUUGUGAUCCUAAGACUCAACCGAGGUCAAUGGAGAUCCUUAACCCCACCCACCACACCCCAUAACUAAUUUUUCUCUGUUUUGGUUUUUUGUAGUUUCAUUGCCCCCCCCACCCCCCACCCUCUUCCUCAUUCUUUAACAGGCCACUCUGUUUACUGCCUUAGUCUCCCAUGGAGAGAAAGGUGUCAAUCAUGGGAGCAAUGUUGGGAGUGUGUGUGUGUUUGCAAGGAUGCGUGUGUGUGUUUGCAAGGAUGCGUGUGUGUGUGUGUGUGUGCGUGUGUGAGUGUGUGUGUGUGGGAGAGAUGGGAACGAAUACGGGAGUGUGUGUGUUUGAUAGAGCGAAAAAGGGUGUGUGUGCGUGUGCGUGCGCAUGUGUGUGUGUGUGUGUGUGUGUGUGUGUGUGUGUGUGUGUGUGUGUGUGUGUGUGGACACUACACUGUGAUGGGUGGUUCUCCUGGAGAAGGAUGGUGACUUCUGUCAGCCUUAUGUCUCGUUAACGUCACAGAUGGCUUCUGUCAGUCUUAUGUCUCUUUAACGUCACAGAGGGCCGUGGUGCUGUCUCUCAACUCCCUUCCAGGAGCUGCCACGUCUAGUGUAGCAUCUGUCUUAUUUGGAUUUCAACCCAAAAGGAAUGUUUUUUUUUUCUUUUUCUUUUUUAAAAUAUUUUUUUUUGUUCUGUUUAAUAUUUUUUCAUAAGAGUCCUAAACUGGUUCAUUCUGUGGGAAAAAAAAAACAUAAAUUGAUGUGGAAGACGUGAAAAGCAAAACAGGCUGAUAUUAAGAGGAAAAAAACUGGACACACCAUCAUUUCAAAAUAAAAAAAAUGAUGUUUUUUUCAAA